AUGGUGUCGCCAGACGCGAUGGCCACUGUAGAAGUACAGACCAAAGCUGAGGAUGUAAUGGAGAUUACAGACUCGCGCGAUUCACCGCCACUAAAGCGCAAGGCGUCUCCAGAACCGGGCAGCCGCGACGAGAUACCGAAACGUACUCGAUACGAUGCGGACGAGGAUGAUCAGGACCGCGCAAGACGGCCCUCGCGGUCGCCCGAGCGAGACCACAUGGCCAUCGAGGCACCCGCGCCGGAGCGCCGGACCCCUACGCAGGAGGACAAGAAGCGGGGGAAGCGUUUGUUCGGCGGACUGCUGAGCACGCUUAAUCAGGGCCCGAGCAACGCGCAGCAGAAGCGCCGACAAGAAAUCGAGAAGCGCCAACAAGAGCGCAUGCAUAAGCAGGCGUCCGAGGAUGGGCAGCGACGGGCCGAGAGGCUCGCGCAGCUCAGAGCGGUCCGCGUCAGAGAGCAGAUCAUCUUUGACGAGGAGGUUAUGCGGAAUCGACACGUGAAGAAGCUGGCGGUGGCAAGAUAUUUACAGACCAAAGCCGAGCCCAAGAUUUACUACCUACCCUGGCGCUGCACGGACGAGGAACAAGAUGUUAUAGAUGAGCAGAGGAGAAAGGCGAGAGAGCUUGUGCAGCGCGAGGAGAGCGAAUUCGAAAAACGCCGACGGUGGCACAUUGAGCGACACGGAGCCGCCGUCAGACCACGGCCGUCGUCGCCGCCUAGGGAGCGGCCACGGUCACCGUCAGCUGCCUCGCCCGGAACGGCAGUCCAUGCGGAGUCACCGAAGAAGAUGAACAGCGACACGGGCGAUCGAGACGACGAGGGUACACGGCAUGAAGCCCACGAUGACGCGGGAGACAUCGUGGAACACGACGGAGAGGACAUGGUAAUAUAUUAA